AUGCCGGGCCGGAAAGUGCAAGUUAAUUCUCUCACAUACUGUGGCAUACAAGCACCUGCCAGGUAUACAAAUCCCUUCGCAGCACGUCCCGAAUAUUGCCGCGGGGUUCAUCAGAACCCUACUCUUUGUGGCACUCACCCGGCCAUACCCUGGGUCCCGGGUGUCCUGCCCUCGCAGAAUUCCACUCACACCCAUCAUGGCAGAGUCGGUGUCGCAAGCCCUCCUUGUGGUGGACAUGCAGAACGACUUCCUGCUGCCCUCCUCCCCAGUCUGUGUGGCUGGCGGGAUGGAUGCGGUCCCCGCCGUCAUGCAAGCUGUGCAGUUUGCCAGAGAGAAUGGCGUGCCAGUCAUCUGGGUCUUGAGGGCGCACCAUCACCUAGGCGUGGACGUGGAGAUCUCAAGAAAGGGCCACUUCAGUGA